AUGUUCGUCAUCAACCCAUAUUCGAAUUAUAGGUAUAGAGCUCUUGCGUUCAGUGGAGUUCGGACAUUCGAUGGAGUCGCCACCGGCGGUGCCAAGGUCUGCUCCGUGGUCGCUUGUACUGGAGACACCAUCAAUACUUGCGGCAAAAGGUUUGCGAAGUAUUUAACAAAUUCAACUGGAGUUUUUGACGAGUUAAGGAUUUCUGCGGAGGUGCCAACACCAGUCAUAGAUUCUGACGUCUAUGCUGAAAACACCGUCUACUUUCCUGUGUCUUUAGAUAUUAACAUUAUGCCGUUGAAGACUGAAGAAUAUACGUAUACGGCAACUGUUCUAUCUAACAGCACGAAUGUUUAUGUAUUUGAUUUAAAUACUAAAGCCAAUGAGCUCUAUGCUGUCGGUAUUUGGGGCAGGGAAUAUACAACUGAUGGAGAAGAAGUCACACCGCCUCUAGAUGACAAAGAUUCUUCUUUUAUGCACAAAGUUAGCGUAACUCUAUUGAUAAUAAGUAUUAUUUUCAUGUAUUUCGUUUAAAUACUAAUGUCACUGAGCUCCAUGCAGUCGGUAUUUGGAGCAGGGAGUAUACAACUGAUGGAGAAGAAGUCACACCGCCUCUAGAUGAUAACGAUUCUUCUUUUAUGCACAAAGUUAGCGUAACUCUAUUGCUAAUAAGUAUUUUUCUUUUGUAUUUGAUUUAAAUACUAAAGUCACUGAGCUCUAUGCUGUCGGUAUUUGGGGCAGGGAGUAUACAACUGAUAGGGAAGAAGUCACACCGCCUCUAGGUGAUAAAGAUUCUUCGUUUAUGCACAAAGUUAGCGUAACUCUAUUGCUAAUAAGUAUUUUUCUUAUGUAUUUGAUAUAAAUACUAAAGUUGCUGAGCUCUAUGCUGUCGGUAUUUGGGGCAGGGAAUAUACAACGGAGAAGAAGUCACGCCGCCUCUAGAUGAUAAAAAUUCUUCUUUUAUGCACAAAGUUAGCGUAACUCUAUUGCUAAUAAGUAUUUUUCUUAUGUAUUUGAUAUAAAUAUUAAAGUUGCUGAGCUCUAUGCUGUCGGUAUUUGGGGCAGGGAAUAUACAACGGAGAAGAAGUCACGCCGCCUCUAGAUGAUAAAAAUUCUUCUUUUAUGCACAAAGUUAGCGUAACCCUAUUGAUAAUAAGUAUUUUUCUUAUGUAUUUGAUAUAAAUACUAAGGUUACUGAGCU